CAAAGGCUAUGGGAUCCUGGUAUUACUUAUGCUGAGCACUGGGGAGAGAAAUGAUACCAUAUAGGUAUACACCUACAGUAGUUUCACUGCAAUCUCUCAUAAGUCCUAUUUCUGUCAAUAUACCAAGAUUGACACGUCCCCGAAAUCCCAGCGGCUGCCUCCCGCAGUCGAGACAACAUUUGCUACCCGCAAGCAGUAGCCCAACCAAAUAAAUAAUAUUAUAAGCUUUAUAAGCAAACACUAACUGUUAUAUGCUAGGGGUCAACGUAAUCAAACUCUCUGAAGAUAACCAAACCCCCUCAAGCACUCGCAAAGAUAAACAAACUCGGAGGCGUAUCUUGUAUUCAUUCCUGAGCGAGAAUAACCGCAAUGGCAAAUAUCUCAGCCGAAGUUGUUGAAGAACGUAUCCGUCAGUAUGGCAGGCCGUUGAUGAUCGAUGACCUUAUCCGUGAGCGUGCAAAAGACGAGCACCAAGUUCCCAUCCUGGGUUAUCCCAGGUACAAGGACAAACCAACUGACUAUGAGCUCUUCACGGGAAAAGAUCUUGAUCGUAUGGUGGACGAGGCAUGUCGGGUAUUGAUGAAGGCCGGACUCGAGAUGAACUCUCGUAAGACCGUUGGACUAUUCGCUCCUUCGGAUCUGUCGUUCGUGGUUGCACUAUUCGCCGUGUGGCGACUAGGCUGUAGGGCCUUGACCGUUUCUAUCCGCCUCAGCGAGCUGGCUUGUCUUAACCUCAUGGACCGGACGGAGUGCGACACCUUGCUUGUCGGGUCGACUGCCCGCAUCAAUGCAACAAUAGAGGGGCUUAAAAAAGCACGCUCGCAUCUCAAUUUCAUCCCCAUCCCGACAAGAGCUGAGUUUGACAACCCUGAUGGGCCCUCUGAGCCCGUGGUACGGCCCAUACAAGACAUGGAGGCUGAACACGCCGAACUGGCGCUGUUCGGCCACUCUUCAGGCUCAACAGGUCUCCCGAAACCGCUAUCACUCUCCCACCGUAGCGUGUUGAAUAACAUUUACUUCGGUACUGGGUGCAAGGCCUUCAAUGCCUUACCAUGGUAUCAUUUACACGGCGUUUUUACGUCGUUCCAGGCCAUGUAUAUGCGAAAAACGGCGCACCUCUAUAACGCGAGCCUACCUUUGACCAGCGAGCAUCUUGUUGCGGCCCUGAAAGAAAUCCAGCCCGAGAUCUGCCACACGGUCCCUUAUGUUCUGAAGCUUAUGGCAGAGAGGCAGGAUGGCAUUGAGGUGUUGAAACGCUGCAAAUUCGUGACAUCCGCUGGAGCGCGAACUCCGGACGAGCUGGGUGAUCGAGUGGUUCAACAGGGGGUGAAUCUGGGUGUGAUACUUGGGCUGACUGAAGUUGGUCAUAUGGGAGACUCCAUAUACCGAGAGCCGGGCGACGACUCGUGGGUCUAUAUUCGGCCAUACGCGAAUCUGCGCCCGCACAUGUUCUUCAAGAAGGUCGGUGAGGGCAUCUAUGAAGCCGUAUAUUUGAAAUCACACCCAGCAUUGAUGCCUUCAACGAGCAAUUCCAAUGACCCUCCGGGCUCGUUUCACUCCAAAGAUCUUUACACGCCCCAUCCGACAAUCGAGAAUGCCUGGAAGUACAUAGCUCGUGACGAUGACAGGAUCACUCUGCUGAGUGGCGAGAAAAUUUUGCCAGUAGGCAUGGAAGGCGCAGUUCGCGAGAGUCCCUUGGUACGAGAUGGUCUGAUGGUAGGCAAUGAUCGCCUCAUGCCCGGCUUAGUUCUGUUUCGCUCUACUGCCGCUGCCGACUUAUCUGACGACGAGGUUAUCGAUGCAAUAUGGCCACUGAUCGAGCCUGCUAACAAGGUUAUGGACGAAUAUGCGCGCAUCACGCGUGAUAUGAUCACAGUGUUAGCAGCAGAUGUCGAGUAUCCAGCAACGGACAAGAACAAUAUUAUUCGCGCGGCAUCUAAUAGCAAGUUCGAGGAUGUGAUUGAGAAGCUAUAUAACAAACACGUACAAACAAACGGCGUUCUCAAGAAAUUGAAUAUUGGGGAACUAGAAGAAUAUGUGUUCCAGGUUGUUCGUGACCGGGUAGGCAUCCAGGUGCCUGAUUAUGCAACCGACUUUUUCGCCGCUGGUGUUGAUAGUCUGCGAGCCGCACAGGUGCGAAGGCUGUUGCAGCAAGAGCUAGAUCUAGACGGUCAUUCUCUUCCCACCAAUGUCGUCUACGACGCUGGCAACGUCGCGAAUCUAGCAGCGAGGUUGUAUUCAAUGCGUACAGGAGACCAGCUUGAAAAUGGCCACUCAACGACGGGAAAGAGCGAGAUCGAGAAGAUGGAGGAGCUUAUCUCAGAGUUCAGUGAUUUCACAGCUCAGAGUCCAAAAGGCGAAGUCGUCGUCCUCACUGGCGCAACUGGUGCCCUAGGUGCCCACGUUCUCAGCCAGCUUUUAGAUGAUCCGAGUGUGUCUCGUGUAUACUGUCUGGUACGAGGUGACGAUGCGCUAGGGCGAGUAUCAAAUUCUUUAGAAGCGCGAGGGCUCGCCUUAUCCAAGGGCGACAGUAAGCGGUCCCAGAAGCUAGCAGCUCUAUCGACAAACAACUUUGGAGCUCCUCAGUUAGAUCUCCGCGCCGAAGAAUAUGACGAAAUCCGGAAAGCGGCAACUUUGAUCAUCCAUGCAGCCUGGCCGGUAAACUUCAACAUAUCCCUGGAGAGUUUCAAACCGCAACUCGCCGGGCUACGAAAUCUUCUAGGCCUCGCUUCAGAAACGUAUUCUCCAGCCCGCAUCGUCUUCAUUAGUAGUAUAUCAACAGCUUUCAACAUGCCCAAGCCAGCGAAAGUGCCUGAGGCUCGACUUGAGUCACUUGAACAUGCGGCAGCCACGGGUUACGGCCGCUCUAAAUUAGUCGGCGAGCGUAUCUGCGAGCGUGCCGGCUCUAGCGGCCUUUCCGUCGGCGUUCUACGAGUUGGCCAGAUAGCGGCGGACAGUGAGCACGGCAUCUGGAACAAGGAGGAGCACGUGCCCUUAAUAGUGCGCAGCGCGACGGAGGUCGAGGCGCUCCCUCGUCUGUAUGGGUACGAAGGGCGGUGUGAAUGGAUGCCCGUGGACACUGUUGCCGCGACACUCCUGCAGCUUGCCGCCAAGCUCGAGCCGGGGACCGCGUUCUAUAACAUCACGCCCUCUCACGCCUUCUCGUGGAACGAUGUAUUCUUGCCCGCUUUGCGCGAAGCAGGUUUGGAUUUUGAGGAAGUGGAGCUUGCUGAGUGGCUGAAACGCCUGCGUCUCCGCGCUGAGGAGCUGGGCUCUGCGGCAGAGGAGAAGCUGCCUACUAUUAAGCUGGCUGAUUAUUACGAGUCGACGUACGGCACGUCCUUCGGGAGUUCCGAAUCGGAUUUGAAGUACGAGAAUGAGAAGGCAUGCAGUGAUAGUAUUGCUCUUCGGACUUGUCCUGAGUUGUCGUCAGUAGCUAUUGUUCGCAAGAUGCUGCAACACUGGCUUCGCCAAUGAGUCCAUGGUCAUAUCUCCCACCGCCGUGCAAUCAGCCCUAUUCUCUAGAACCACGUCCAGACUAGAUAUAUGAAUGGAGGCAUGGAUUACCUCUCCUGUAUCUUAGCUUUUUCUAUCGUUAUUUGAGUCAAGUCUAAGACCGAGACCUUUCUGCAUCGUAGGCUAGAUUGGGCCAUAAACGCCUUUGCCCUAAACAAGCCGGUCUAGCGAGCAAUUCGACUUAUUGUGGCAAUUCAU